CCAGCUUGCCGCAAGCAUAGCACUUCAUGGCCUGCGCUUGGCAAUCUCGAGCAUAAUGAUUUGGGCCACCACACUUGUAGCACGUAGCAGCUCGGUUAGUGACGACGUUGUAGCCUCCACGGAAACCACCCCGGCCACCUCCACCAUAGCCGCCACGUGGGGGUGCAGGGCUGGCGCCUGGGGUAGGGCAGUUACGGGCCAAGUGGCCGAUCUGACCGCAUGAAUAGCAGCGCCCACCGGCAGGGCCACCGCUGAUGCGCAAGGUUGGACAGUCGGCUUGGACGUGACCUAGACCUUGGCAAUGAUAACAUUGUUUUGUUUCUGUUGUGCGUGGCAUUGGGCAUUGGUUGGACUCGUGGCCUGGUUGCUUGCAGUUGUAGCACAGUCUCUCGGUGGAUGUGCAAACUUCCGCAUAGUGGCCGACAUUGCCGCACUUGUAGCAUGCACGACGAGAAAGGGACGACAUUCUGAAAAUGUGUAUUGGAUCUCUUCCUCAGUUCCUGUCAGAAGCCAUGUCAGACCUUGCUCUUCAAUGUUCUUGCGCGAAAGCAGCCGUGUCAAAUGUAGGGGCGAUCAUUUCCCGGAUGGGUCGAUUCCGACGAGACCAAAGAGCCGGAAUGAUAGGAAAUGUCGGUAAAAUCGCGGAGUGAAGGAGCAGCGUACCUGCGCAGCUUGAACCUCGAUCAAAUAUCCCAAAUGCCCGCAACCUAAAUAGCGGCAACUUCCCACUCGACCUUUCCAACGACUUCCAGCCUCCGUCGAACCGUGCGACGCGAUCAACAACCAGCUGAUAAGGAAGGGCAAAGAAUAAGAUGAAGCCAGAAUUGUCGCAAAGUGAAA